GGAACAAGGCGGUUUUCUCGAGUAUCCAAAUCAAAGUGGAAGAUAUCUUCAGUGAGAUUAGAUUCGUGGGGUUUUUUUUGGUUUAAACAUAGAUCUUCUUUUCGGUUCAUCCUUUGAAACGAUUGGUGUAAGUUUAUAAUUAUGUAAGGUUGUUUGUUGUUGCUUUCCGGCCCGGUUUUAAGGUUCGGUUUUUCUAAUGAAGUUAUCCUUUAAAAAAAUAUAUAUAGGCAUACCACAUGACAUGCCUCAUGGUAAUAAUUUAGGGGUUUGAUUGGACGGUUGUGAACAUGGGCUUUGGGUCGAACAUCUUUCCUACUUUAUAAACCCCCAAUGAAUCCUUUCUUUAUAUCCAUCCACAUAUUGCCCCGACACAAACUAGCUUCAAAUCAGGAACACACCAUACCAAUGAUCAAUCUUCGUAUAAACUCUCUAUCAAUCACCUAAUCAUUUCUAUUUCAAGCAUCUUCACUUGUACCUCCUUUUCUUUCCUUGUAAUUUUUUCAUUUGUAUCUGUAAUCGCCGAUAGCUAGGGUUAGGGUUUCAGUUUCACUUUCAGUUUCGGAUCCUUUUGUUUGUUCUGUAAUAAUAAUUAUUCAAUUGUAAACAUGAAAUUAGCUGUUUGAUCGUUGUAUGUUUCUGUUUUUAUUUGAUUUUGAUUUUGAUUUGGUGAAAUAAUGGAGAUAAAUAGCACUUCUCGUGGUGGUAGACCGUUUGAUAGACCUGUUAGAGAUCCUGCAACAAUGAAAAAACCUAGAUUAAUGCGCGGCGAUAAUAAUGUUUCCAACGGUGGUGCUACUGCUAGGCCGGUUGUUGUUCAGCGGCAAUCCGUGUUAGGUUUUCGGUCGGAAACCGGUGAUUCGAUUAGAGACGGAGGAGGUUAUCAUCCGCAAGCGUUAUCGCAAGUGCAGCUGCAGCAGCAGCAUCAGGAGCUUGUGGAUCAGUACAGGACUGCGUUGGCUGAGCUGACGUUUAAUUCGAAACCGAUUAUUACUAACUUGACUAUCAUUGCGGGAGAAAACGCGCAUGCUGCGAAAGCUAUAGCUGCUACUAUCUGCAGUAAUAUUCUCGAGGUUCCGAGUGAUCAAAAGCUUCCAUCACUAUACCUUCUUGACAGUAUUGUGAAGAAUAUUGGCAGAGAUUACAUCAAAUACUUUGCUGCCCGAUUACCUGAGGUUUUCUGCAAGGCAUAUAGACAGGUUGAUCCUGCAGUACAUUCCGGAAUGCGACAUCUGUUUGGGACUUGGAAAGGUGUAUUCCCUCCUCAGUCACUACAACUUAUAGAGAAAGAACUUGGUUUCCAAUCAGUUGCAAAUGGAUCGUCUUCUUUAGAGCCCGACCCACAAUCUCAACGCCCUGCUCGAAGUAUUCAUGUAAACCCGGAGUAUUUGGAGGCACAACAGAGACUCCAACAGUCAAGUACGGCAAAAGGUCCAACGAGUGAUACAAACUUGAUUAACACACAUGAGAAUACCAAUAGACAAGGCAGGACAUCAGCCAAUAUUACUUCAAAUCCUCGGCUUAAGAUGUUGCAGAACAUUCCGCAGGCACAAAGAAAUGUGGGGAGUGUUAUCCGUGAGAAUGAACGUGCACCGUAUAAUGAUUUUGAUUCAAGUGAGAUAGUUAACGAGCAGGGAUUUGGCAAUUCGUUGUAUGGACCUGCGAGCAAUAGUACAGAGACUAUAUCGGGCCAUAGAAAUGGCUUCGACAUGAGAUCUGCAAAUGCCGAUGGCAAGUUACAGCCUACAAAUAACAUUACAAAAAGAAACGGUGAAUUAAAUAGGAGUUGGAAGCAUUCAGAGGAAGAGGAAUAUAUGUGGGAUGGCAUGAACUCACGAUUACCGAAUUCUGUCAAAUCUAGUGGUAACUCAAAGCGAGACCCCCGGUCACACCCCGGGCCUGAAAAGUUGGGUUUUCAGAAUCACCUCCAAAAGUCACAAGGGAUACAAGAUACGGGGUCAAGGGUUGAUAGAGAAGCUUCAACUGAUUCACCAUCAGUAGCAAGGCCACAAGGGCCGGCUUUCAACGGGGUAUCCACAUCUAUUAACUCCAUCUUAAAAUCUUCUUUGCAGCCACAAAUAGGGUCCUCUCACGUUGGAGCCUCGGGACUACUCGGGUUUCCUCCAAGUGCAGUAAAGCAACGGCAUACUCCCGGAGCUGCAUCACCGCUGCUCCACCAUCCUCCUACACCCUCGUUCCCAACUCAUACUUCAGGUAGAUUACUGAAUAAUUUUACGGGCCAAGAUGGUAAACCGGCUCUAUCUCGAGGGGAAAUAAACACAGGACUUUCUAAUCAGUCUCCUCAAGAUUCUUUCCAUACGGGUGAUUCUCAAAAACCCCAAAUGCAGCUGCCGUUAAAUACAAAAAAACAUGGACCUGUUCGGUCUCCAGCUACAAAGACGUCUUCUGAUGCGAACACAUUGGUUGGUUCAUCUUCGGAUCAUAUUAGAUCUCCUACUUUGCAAAAAGAAGCAGAAUUGCCACCUGUCUCGAGUCUUUUGAGUACGCUGGUUGCCAAGGGCUUGAUCUCUGCAUCAAAGGCCGAUUCUCCAUCUGACCAAACCCUGAAAAGAAACGCGGACCCGAAAAUUGAUACGCCGGCAGUACUUGUACCAGAAAAGACGAUAUUACCCCUUCCAAAGGACGAGCCAUCUGCUGUGAAAGGUAGUGUGGAUACCGAAGAUGUAAAAAGUGUUAUUGGUUUUGAAUUUAAGCCCGAUGUUAUUCGGAGGUCACAUCCUGCUGUUAUCAGCCAACUCAUUAUCGAUGAACUUCCGCACCAAUGCCACAUAUGCGGGUUAAGGUUUAAACUCGUAGAACGUUUCGAUAAACACAUUGAGUGGCACACACUUAAUAAUCCUGAACUGAACACUCCCAAUAAAGCAUCCAGGAGAUGGUUCACAAAAUCUGACGAUUGGGUUAAAGAGAAGCCUGAAGUGCGGUCUAGUGAUGAGACCACUGGUCCCGUGCAGAUUGACGGUGAGCAGAUGGUUGUUGCUGAUGAAAGCCAAUGUGCGUGUGUUUUGUGUGGUGAGGUGUUUGAUGACUUUUACUGGCAAGAAAUGGGCAAAUGGAUGUUUAGAAGAGCUGUGUACCUCAACACCAAAGAUGAAAAUAUUGGUGAUACUUACGGUCCCAUAGUGCAUGCGCAUUGUAUAUCCGGAAAUUCCCUUUCAGAUUUGGGCCUAUCCAAUGAUGUUAAUAAAGAAGGCGAGUAAUGCUUCCAAGUCAAACCGCGUAGAGCAUCAUAUGAUGAAGCCGAAAGCGAGUUAAAACCAGGUUUGGUAUUGUACUGCAGAUACAUGCUUAGAUUGUUAUGCGUCUAUGCCUUCAAAUUUGGUGCAAAUGCUGGAAACACAUGCAUCAUCUGUUUUCUAAAUUUACCUUUUUUGGUCAACCUUUGACAGAUAGAAAAUUAAUACAUCUCUAUGGUCUCGCACCAUAUCUUUACUUAUAUCGUUAACUUACUGCUUGUUCAUUUCUCGUUUGUUCGUUUUUUUUUUCUUUCUAAACUCUAUAGUUUUGACUUUCUUGAAAGCAAAAAUGGGCUGCAAGUUCCAGCAUCUUGCAGCAUGAGAGAAAGCAGUGUGUAAUUGCUGAAGACAUGGGUUGUAUCCAUAGAAAUAAUAUAUAUGGUUUUGGUUUGUGUUCGCUUAUCGGCAGCAUCAUGUGUUCAUUAAAGUUAAAAACAUCAUCGAAUUUGAAUGCUAUUUUAUUAGUUGUGAUAUGCUAUACAUUAAUGAACUUUAGUUC